AUGUCAAAUAACUUGGGUAAAAGAGAGAUUUCACCAGCUUUCAAGCCUACUAAAAGGUCAAAGUCCGUAACUCCUAAGACUGAUGACUCAGUACCUGAAAAUGAUAAGCAUUUUUCCUUUGAACCCCAUUCUACCUACCCACAAGUGUCACUAACACUACCUGACUCUCCAAGUAACAACCCCUCUAUUUCUUCGUGCAGUAUGCCAACGGUAAGACUAGUUGACAUAAAAAGUGAAAUGCCCACGUGCAUCAAAAAGUCAACACAGUCUACCAGACCGCAUGCUUUGCUUAGGCCUAGGUCCAAUAUACCAAAAACCAAGGAGUCUAACAGUGUAUCUCACGUAUACGAGAAUGCUGAUCGAUAUAGUACUGACAUUCGUCAGUUACAAAACUAG